AUGGAGUAUAUCCUGUUUUGGAGUCAACACCAGGCCACCUAUGAAACAUCUGUGAAGUCCCCUUCUGUCGUGGCUGUUUACAUAAAGAAGUCCUGGUGGUUCACGGAAGAUGUACUGAGAACCUCAGAUCCCGCAAGAGAAGGGCUGAUGGAGGUUCAGUCAUUUGGGGAAAGGAUUGUGCUUUUCAUCCUGAAUGUCAUUAUUUUUGGAAGAUUGGAGAGAAAUUUGGAUGAUGACGACAUGUUUUUUCUGCCCCACUCUGCGAAGGAGCAAGCUAAAAUUCUGUGGAGACACGGAGCAGCUGUGGGAUUCUACACGACCAAAACGAAAGGCAGCCUGUGUGGCGAUGGCACCGGUGCGUGCUACCUGCUGCCUGUCUUCGAUACCGUGUUUGUCAGGAGGAAACACCGUCGCCAAGGCCUGGGGAUGGCCAUGCUGCAGGACUUCUGUGAGACGUUCCCAGAGGACAAGGCCUUAGGGAUCAGUUGCCCGAUUUCUCCUGCCAUGUACCAAGUCUGCAGGCAGUUCCUGCUGGGCCGUCCAGAGGAGCGAGGGCGCCUGUGGGAGGUGGAGCCCCCGGGAGCCUGGGGCCAGCGCAGCAACAUCUGGCUCAAGGUUCAACUUCACCAGGCAGGACUUCCAGACUCACAGCCAGGACAUUCCAAGGAGGAGGAGGAGGGCAUGAACGGUCAUGGACAGACUUCUCGGGGUGACAGACCCAGACAGUCUGCUAAUGGAGAAGGCAACAAGGAGAGGACCCGUGGAGAAGAACCGGAAAACUCAAAGAAUGAUCGAGAUUGUGGAGCGAAAGAGGAGGAAGCUAGGCUGCUGGAGAGACCCUGCCAGGCUGAGCUGGAGGCACAGGAAGCCAAGAGGACAGCGUCUGUGGCGGGGCUGGCCGGGGAGCCAUGGCAAAAGCUCCCCCGGCCCAGUUCCUGACUCCUCCAGACACGUGUCUGAGCCGGGUGCAGAGGCCUGGCCCGGGCUCCCGGCACCGGUGUGUGGGCCGGAGCUGGCCUCCUGUCCUUGCUGUGCCUUCCUUGUAAUAUUUGAGGAGCCAGUGACCACAUCGGCCCCACCUACCUCAGUCCUUUUAUGUGGGCUUAGGUUCUAGAAUGCCUGAGAAUGUUCUAUGUUAAGCAUGAAACGCUAUAUAGGAUUGAGGAGUUAUUUUCUCAAGUUACUUCUUGGCAGUUCCAAAAGAUUUCAGAAACUCAUUCAAAACCUAGCAGGGUUUCUGUUCCUUAGAAAGAAUUGGUGCAACUGUACCGGAACCACGGGAAUGUUUUCCUAAAUAUACCUCUUUCCUUACGUAAGUGUAACAAGCUCAGGGAGGGGCCAUGCCCGUCUGAUCCAGGCUGCAGAAACCCUGUUUAGGUUCAUGCACGCCAGCCCUGGUGUUACUGUGAGGACACAGACACCAAAGAGGUCUCCAGGGAGACACUUUACUUUUCCAAGGAAGCUUCAGCCCCGUCAGAAGCUCCCUGAGGGCAGGGGCUGGGGCUGGCUGGUGCCCACCACAGGCUUUGAGCUCACAUCUGGCCUGGUAUGCAGGAGGCGCACAGAGCUGGCUCCAGGCCAGCGUCAGCCGUCACCUAAUUCAGAUGGGAAGCCACUGCGUGAGAAUUUGGGCUGAUGGUCCUUCUAGCAUAUUGGUGGCCUUGAGCAUGAAGGUGUGUGGUAGUAAAAACAACUAAAAAUUACAGCCUCGCUCAAAUGUGACAUUGGCUUCCCCCUUCUCAAACACCCACGGAGGUCUGCUUGGCGACAUGUGCUCGGCCACUCAGGGGAUGCAGAGCCCAGCUGGGGAUCCCACCCCAAGCUUCCUGCCCUCUACAAGGGUAAGGCACAAGUCCAGGCUGCUUCGUGGAGCCCCAGAGCCUGCUCCCCAAGAGCUGGGGUGGUGCUUUCUCUGCACUGGGGCUCAGCCUCCCCAAUGUGCAGUAGGAUUUUUCCCAGAGAAAGCUGGUCAGGCCCUCUUGAAGCAGACAGCACACAUUCCAGCCCCUGUUUCUGAAUCUGACCACAUAAGCACAGAUACCUCAAUCCCCUCUAUGGCUUGUCACCAACUUUGGAGAAGCCAGGCCCUGUCACAGUGGGCCCCGCUGACUGUCCUUGUCAUUGUACUCCAGCAGCAGGGUUGGCUCUGGGCCUGCCUGGCUGACCCUUGUGUUCCAGUGCCAAAGUAGGGCUGUCCCUCAGUAACUGUGGGGAAUGGAGGGUGGGGGUCAUCUCAGGACUGGGGAGUCACAUCUCCCUUCUGUUCUUUUGCAGCUGGAUUCUGGAGAGGUUGACAGAGGAACAGGCUUUUACCUUUUUAGGGAUAUAAUAAAGCUGUUCCUGGGGCCUGGAGCCUUGGGGUGGUGAGGAGACCCAGAAGCCCCAAAUUCUGGGAAUGCACCUGCUGUUCCCCUGCGUAGUCAGAGGAUGCAUGCAGCAGGACCUCUGUUACUUAUUCUUCCAUGCACCCAGCUGUCUGUCCAUCUGUUUAUCCAUCCAUCCAUCCAUCCAUCCAUCCAUCUCCCCUCCCUCUCUCUUUCCUUCCUUCCACUCAUCUCCCCAACUAUUUACUUCUCAAUCUAUAU